AUGGGCCGCGCUGGCUCCUCCGCCCCGGCCGCCGCCCGCUGCUCCUGCGCCCCCGCCGCGCCCCCGCCCCGCCGCCUGCUCCCUCCCCCACCUCCCCACAGACCCCCCCCGCGGCACCGCCCCGGGCCGGCCAGCGCCCUCUGCUGCCGCCCCGCCCCGACGGCAGCGGGAUGGGCGGCACCGAGCAGCGGGAGGGUCCUCAGAGACGAGGAGACUGGGGGGGGUCGCGGGGAGCGGGGAGUGCCAGUGCGGCGGGGGAUUGGGGAGGGGAGGUCCAUAGCCAUGAGAGUGCAGAAGAUGGGGUAUGCUUGGGGUGGCCUUUUCCUGCUGCUCUCCCUCCUUCUCCAGCUGUCGGGCUCCCAGGCCAAAUGCUACUUCCAGGCUAAAGCUCCCUGUGAGUAUGAGGGAAAGGAGUUCUCCCUGGGGGAGUCGUGGCUGAGCACCAACUGCCUGCUCUGCACCUGCCUGCACCCCGUCGGUGUGGGCUGCUGCGAGACCACCCAGCACCCCAUCGACUUCCCUGACUGGUGUGAGGCUCACUAUGACUCUCAGACCUGCCAGAUCUCCGUGGUGCAGAAGGCCAACCCCAGCCUGCCCUGUGUGAAGAGCCUGGAGCACGAGUGGGGCUCAUCUGGCACCCCUGAGCCACUCAUCAACAAGGUGCUGGGCAUGGGGCUGAGCAGAUAG